CGGUAACCGAAUACAUUCCGCGCUGCCACACUCUCGCUAAAUGGAAUAACUCCAAUUUUUCAGCCACCUACACGGAUCUCGUGCAAGCGCAAUGCGAUUACUGCAAAUCGGCAGUGUCAUACACGGCCCAAUUUAUUCUAGAUAAUAUUUUAAGCGAUUCGACGGUUGAUGGCAUGAGCAAGUCGGUAUGCGCGGUACUUCCCAAAGCAGUAUCAAUGUUCUGUCCGUCGGUCAUGAAAAGUAUGCUUACUGAACAAAUAGCAGCGGUAGCGGACGAUCCAACAUCGACCUGCGAGAUGGUUGGCUUGUGUUAGACGAUUGUUUACAGGAAUUUCAAAGGAAAUAGAGACGAGUCUACU